AUUGUCGCUUAUUAUUUCACAGGUCGUGUCAGCAUGGAGGUGUUUGACAGAUAGUUGUUGCGAAUGUUGCUCCCUUUCAGGGAUGUUGAUGUCAUGUUUGGUCGGAAUAUAUAUAUUUUGCAUAUACCUCCCACAUGUCAAAAGCAACGAUGCCAAAGAAACAUGACAUUCUUUCGGAACAUCUCUAUAUCAAAGUGGAAGAGUUGAAACCGAAACAUUCCCCUGCACAAAUUACUGGGAUGUUGUUAGACGAGAAUGACGAGAAUGUGUUGAAAAUGUUAGAAAACCCUUCCCAUCUGAAAAAUUAUGUGGAAAAAGCUGUGCAAACAUUGGAUAAACACAAUUUUACGUCUGAAAGUCACAGUGCAUUCUGUAAUGUGAGGAAGUCCGCAGCAGAGUCCAGUCCAGAACUCUGUGAUGCCCUGUAUGCCAAAAUAUCUGUUCUUGAACCAUCAAUGCCAUCAGAGUUAACAGGCAUGCUGGCUGAGUUAGACUCUGACACUGUGUCACAGCUUCUAGCGUCGCCAGAGAUGUUGAGACAGGCGAUGUCCCGAGCCAAGGAUUCCUAUCUCAAGUGUUACCAUGUCUCCCAGGAAUCCAGUGUUCCACACACUGAGAAAAACAACAACCACACUGCAGAAGCUGAUCUCGGACAGGAAGUUUAUGACAAAGUUAGAGAAAUGUUCCCUGAUCAUGCAUCUCACAUCACAGGGAUGCUGUUGGAGAUGAGGACGUCACAGUUGCAGCAUCUUCUCUCUGAUGACCCAGACCGACUGAAUCUGUACAUCCACUGGGCCUACCAAACCCUACAGCAGUACCAUGCCCAGUCCUGAGGACAACACAAGCACAGAUAGUCUCUUUAUGUCACAUAUACAUCAUGCUUUCAUACCUUGUAAGACAUGAAUUGAAUCUAGCACCCUUUCCUAUUCGAGGUACUAACUAUUAGUGACUCAGACUAACAUUGAAAGAUGGAACGGCAACCACUUGUUUGUACAAACUUCAAAACACCUGGCCAAAAUGGGGUUUGGUCAUGACAUGUUUCAUUAUAUUAAGCUGUGAUCUUGGAAUCAGUGUGUAGGGUAGGCAGCCUGGAGGCUGCAGCAUAUGCUGCAUGACAAGUACUGCUGUGUGUGUGUGUGUUGUAAUCUGAACACUUAUUGUCAGGAUCCACCUGCAUAUGGCGGUCAUCUCAGCACUACUAUCACAAGUUGAUGUUAAAUAUCAUCAUAGUGCUAAGAACCUAGAUUGCCACCUGAUUUCCUCAAUCUUGAACCAGAAUGUCAACUUGUUUCAUUGAGGAAAUGGGAAAUUCAGGGGUAGCCCUAGUGGUUAAAGCGUUAAGCUGGUCACACCAAAGACCCAGGUUCAAUUCCCCACAUGGGUACAAUGUGUGACGCCCAUUUCUGGUGUCACCAGGAACACCAGAGACCUAUCAUGCCGAGUUUAAAUCCUAGUUUGCCAGGACUGUAGUUCUUGGUUUGUCUGCACCAACUAGUAAAUGUCUAAUAUCUACAUCUGAUUAGGCUUACACCCACAAGUUGUCAUGUCACAGAAAUAGUUUCAAAGCAACGUUAAACCAGGUUCAUAUGCAAAUGCUGUAUUACCUUAUCAAUUGCUUCCUUUAAUCAUUAUGAUUCAUGACCCUUGUAUUUUGGAAACCAAAAUGUCUUUUGCCAUCAUCAUUGAGCUUCCAUCAGAACCAAAGAUGAUUUAUCAUUGGUUAGUUGGUUUGUUGUUAACUCCGCACUCAGCAAUAUUUCACCUAUUUAGCAGCGGUCUGUAAAUAAU